UUCCGGUCAGGGAGGGACGCGGGGAGCGGGCCCAGUGUAGCCGAGUGGUGUGUGUCUGUGGAUCCCAGGCUGUGAUGGCUGGUAGAGAGUUACGUCUCCUAGUUGUGCUGGAAGCCGUUUCUCGGACUCAUUCUCUGUAACCGGGCGAGGAGAGGGUGGCCUUUAGGGUUCGCCUUGAUCGGAGGGGUCCGGUUCCUGCGCUCCCACCCGGGCCGCAUAAUCUCUCCGAGCACCUUUCCUUCCUCUUGGUUAUGGCUUGACGAACCCUUAAGGACUCGUCGGCCAACGUUGUGGCACAUUCAGGAGAAGGACGAGGACCCUUUACUCGAGGGGAGUAAAGACAGUACUUGGAAGAUGACGGGUCUAGUCGUCCUUGCACAAGGAAAGCCUCCUGCGCGCUUUGGCCGCUCUAAAUGUUGGGACUCCUCAGGCACUGAAAUACUAUCUCAUUCUCAGUCGCCUGAAAACUGUGUUCAUUGUUUGACAGUACAGGCACAGACUUGCUGCUCAAAGUGCGUGGAAACUGGCAGAACCUCAGGCUCCCCUCCAGAUGGAAUUCAAAUCCACAUUGUAAACAUCCUCAGAGUGAAGCCAGACUUCCCGUCCUGCCAGCCUCACCCCUUUGGCAGCUGGUACGAACAACAGCAGAGUGGUUAUCCUGUCUACAGCUCCGGCUGCGGGGCGGGUGGAAAUGGACCCAACCUUUAUUCUGUGUGUGAGACCUCUGUUUACCCGGCUGAGACUUCGCUUCCACCCAAGGAAACCACACCUCUAGCUGAAAACCAAGAUGAAGAUUCACUCGAAGAUCCGAAUCUCCACUUGAAUAUUGAAGAACUCAACAAAGAGUUUAUGGUGAAAAGUGAAGAGCUCUACCAAUCUCUCAUGAAUUGCCACUGGCAGCCUCUCGAUACAGUGCACUCAGAAAUCCCAGACAAGACCCCCCAAGAGCAAGAUGCUUAUUAAGCUACCCAACUAACAUGUAGAUUGUGUCUUGUUUUGUUUCUGUUUUAAAAAUAGUUCUCCGAGGAAGGCACUGGAUUGUGUAUGUAAAUAUAGAUUCCCAGGACUUAAACUUGAUUGAGAUGACAGAAUGUAAUGUAAAUAAACUUUACCAGCACGUUCA